CCAGAGCCGGUGGGACUCCCGGCCCGACAGGGCCAUGUCCGCUGAGCCUGAGCUCAUUGAGCUGCGGGACCUGGCACCCGCGCGUUGCGCCGCCCCGGGCCGCACCCGGCUCGAGCGUGCCAACGCGCUGCGCAUCGCGCCGGGCACAGCGCGCAACGCCGCAAGGCAGCUGGUCCCAGGCCGCGGCCACCGCUUCCAGCCCGCGGGGCCCACUACGCACACAUGGUGCGACCUCUGUGGCGACUUCAUCUGGGGCGUCGUGCGCAAGGGCCUGCAGUGCGCACAUUGCAAGUUCACUUGCCACUACCGUUGCCGCGCGCUCGUCUGCCUAGACUGCUGCGGACCCCGGGACCUGGGCUGGGAACCGGCGCUGGAGCGGGACACGAAUGUGGAUGAGCCCGUGGAGUGGGAGACACCUGACCUUUCUCAGGCUGAGAUUGAGCAGAAGAUCAAGGAGUACAAUGGCCAGAUCAACAGCAACUUGUUCAUGAGCCUGAACAAGGAUGGCUCCUACACAGGCUUCAUCAAGGUUCAACUGAAGCUGGUGCGCCCUGUCUCAGUUCCCGCCAGCAAGAAGCCACCCUCCUUGCAGGAUGCCCGGCGGGGCCCAGGGCGGGGUACAGCUGUGAAACGCCGCACCUCCUUCUACCUGCCCAAGGAUGCUGUCAAGCACUUGCAUGUGUUGUCACGCACACGGGCACGCGAGGUCAUCGAGGCCCUGCUGCGCAAGUUCUUGGUGGUGGAUGACCCCCGCAAGUUUGCACUUUUUGAGCGGGCUGAGCGCCAUGGCCAAGUGUACCUCCGGAAGCUGUCAGAUGAUGAGCAGCCCCUACGGCUACGGCUCCUUGCAGGGCCCAGUGAGAAGGCCCUAAGCUUUGUCCUGAAGGAGAAUGACUCUGGGGAGGUGAACUGGGAUGCUUUCAGCAUGCCUGAGCUACACAACUUCCUACGCAUCCUGCAGCGGGAGGAAGAGGAACACCUCCGCCAGAUCCUGCAGAAGUACUCGUAUUGCCGCCAGAAGAUCCAGGAAGCCCUGCAUGCCUGCCCCCUGGGGUGACCUCUUGUACCCCUGGGUGGAAGGAGGAGAGUAGGCAGCGCCAAGGGCGUGCCGUGUGAGUGUGCAAAGGGCCACGUGGCCCGAGGAAUGAGUGUGCAUGGAGGCCCUCUCUUGCUGGGGGAAUGAGCCCAGAGAACAGCGAAGGAGCUGGCCCCCUGUGUCCACCAGUGGGUGUAGCACAGCAUGGCUCUGCAUCCUUCUGCCCUUUGUGUACUGGGUCAUGGUGGGCCAG